CUUCCUCCCUCUCUCUGUGCCCAGGAAGGGACAGGGGAGGGGGAGAGGCUGCCAGCAUGGCCAGUGACACGGCUGUCGGUGGCCAUGGCUUGAAAGGCCACUAUAAAUUCCUGGACAAGAGCCGCACAGCCAUGAGAGCAGAGUGGUGGAAAGAUAUUUGUAAUGAGGGAGAGAGAAAAACAGGCAAGAAAUGCAGUUGGGGAAGGGUUGCCCUCCGAUAGGAAUGAAGAAAGGCAGCAUCCCCUGAAGGAGAUCAGCAAAUGGUUCUUGCCCACUUCACACAUCCGUGGACUCCAGGGGGGGGAAACGCCGUGAGUGGCAUGAGAGUCCACGUUACCUCCGCUACACCGCCCUACCCUGAUUUUGGCAGGCAGUGGCCCAGUCUCCUCACCGUAUGGAGAGGCUGGGCUGGGCGAGGUGAACUGGCAAAACUGCCUAGGUGAGCAUCUGGUGCCUGGAGUCCCAGAUGAAAUGGAGGCACUUAGAACGUGGUCAGCCUGCAGGCAAAACAAUCACCCGGGACUCCUCCAGUUUCAUAAAUCAUAGGAGGGCCGAGGUUGGAGGAGAGGAAUGGUGGCAAAGUCACCAGGGCAAAGAGAUUACAAAGUAGCUGGAUGGGGUUGCAUCGGGAACUUCCCACCCUUAAUUCUAUCCAGGGUCAUUUACUUUCUUCUGCUGCAGGUGCUUUCUGAAAACAAACACCCAAAUUACUUUGAUCUGAUUAUAGCACAGCCCUCCAAUCCCUACUUCCCUCCCCCCCUUCCAAAAACUCUCAGCCUUUGAUUUCCUCCUGAAGACGAAAAUUACCAUGCCUCUUACCAUAGACCUCUUGUCCCCUGAUGUACACCGCGUGGAGAGGCUGGUGGAGAGGCUGGUGGAGAGGCUGUACCUACUUGGGCAUGCGCAGAGGCAGCGGUGAGCACCUGGCACUUGGUGUCUCAGGUGAAAGGGAAAUGCUUAGAAUGCAGUCAGCCUGCGGGGCAAAACAAUCACUUGGACACCAGGCACCAUGCGCUCACCACUACCUCUGCAUGCGCCCAGGCAGGUUCGGCUUUUCGCCAGUUUGCUUCACCCGGUCCAGCAUCUCUGUGCGGAUUGCCAUUUGGAGAAUAACUGGAACUCUUUUCGGCUGAAGGAAAGCCAAGAUGUAAAAUUUUAGGAUUUCAACUAACAUUAAUUACUUAAAUUAAUAUUGCCAUUUUUGCAUGACUUAAUAGGAUGAAGAUGAGACGUCACAAGCUCUUUUUGACUCUGUGCAUGGCUGGUCUCUGCCUCAUCUCCUUCCUUCAUUUCUUGAAAGCCCUCUCCUAUGUCACAUUCCCCAGAGAGCUGGCAUCGCUUAGCCCUAACUUGGUGUCUAACUUAUUUUGGAACAAUGUACCAGUCACACCUCAGGCUAGUCCUGACUCUGGGGGUCCAGAAAUUCUCCGUACCCCACUAUAUUCCCACUCGCCACUGCUUCAGCCUCUUUCCCCAAGCAGAGCUGGUGAGGAGCUGCACAAAGCUGAAUUUGUGCUGCCUGAAGACACUACAGAAUACUUUGUACACACUAAAGCUGGUGGUGUCUGCUUCAAGCCAGGGACUAAGAUAUUGGAAAAGCCACUAGCAGGACAUCCAGAGGAGAAGAUAGAGGGAGUUAUAUCAGGGCGCAUAGGCCGUAAACCUCUGAGUGCCACUGGGACAAAACGACGUAAAUGGGUGGAGUGUGUGUGCCUGACAGGCUGGCAUGGACCCAGCUGUGGUGUUCCCACCGUGGUUCAGUAUUCAAAUCUCCCCACAAAAGACCGUCUGACACCACGGGAGGUGCCCAGGAGAGUCAUUAAUGCCAUUAAUGUGAAUCAUGAAUUUGACCUCUUGGAUGUGCGUUUUCAUGAGCUAGGUGAUGUGGUGGAUGCUUUUGUGGUUUGCGAAUCAAACUUCACAGCAUAUGGUGAACCACGCCCUCUCAAAUUCCGUGAGAUGCUACUUAAUGGCUCCUUUGAUUACAUCCGCCACAAGGUGCUCUAUGUCUUCCUGGAUCACUUCCCCCCUGGUGGGCGCCAGGAUGGCUGGAUUGCUGAUGAUUACCUGCGUACUUUUCUAACUCGAGAUGGCAUCUCUCGCCUCCGCAAUUUGCGUCCUGAUGAUGUUUUCAUAAUUGAUGAUGCAGAUGAAAUCCCAGCACGUGAUGGUGUGCUUUUUCUCAAACUCUAUGACGGUUGGACAGAGCCUUUUGCCUUCCACAUGCGCAAAUCUCUUUAUGGAUUUUUCUGGAAGCAGCCUGGUACUCUAGAAGUGGUUUCUGGUUGUACAGUUGGAAUGCUCCAGGCUGUCUAUGCCACCGAUGGAAUUCGCCUACGCCGGAGAGAAUAUUAUACCAUGCCAGGCUUUCGACAGUAUGAAAACAGCACAGGUCAUAUCCUAGUACAGUGGUCACUGGGCAGUCCACUCCACUUUGCUGGCUGGCAUUGCUCUUGGUGUUUUACACCUGAAGGAAUUUAUUUUAAACUGGUUUCAGCUCAGAAUGGGGACUUUCCCCGUUGGGGUGACUAUGAGGACAAGCGAGACCUUAAUUAUAUCCGGGAGUUAAUUCGGACUGGUGGGUGGUUUGAUGGUACCACCCAGGAGUAUCCACCUGCAGACCCCAAAGAACAAAUGUACGCCCCCAAAUACCUUUUGAAGAAUUAUCAACGGUUUUGUUACUUGUUGGAAAAUCCCUAUCAGAAGGCAAAGGGAACAGGGUGAGGGGAGUGGGCUUGCAUGAGAAAACAUGGAAAAAGGGGAAACGGGAAAGUGAGACUGUCUUUUGUUUUUUUCCCCUGCCCCAUUCUACUGGGAUAUGUACAUUCUCUCUAACCUAUCAGACCCACUGCAGACAAGAGAUUUAGGGUAUGUGUGUGUGGAAAGGGACUCCUAGUUAUGUGAAUAACUAGGAACAUUCCUGUCCCCAGGAACUAGCUUUUUGUAAGACUGAAGAAAAAUCUGAUGCAGGAAGCAUCCGUAAGACAUGGGAUUUGGGGAGCAUGCAGUGGAUGUGUGAGGGUAUGAAUGUGCCAAAGCCUCUACAGCCUUUGUAGUACAGCUAAGGAUAGCCUUCAAUUCCAUUUUUAAAACCUAGUUUCUUCUAAGAACUUUGGCAUCAAUGGCUGUUCUGCUUUCCUAAUAUAUGGCCACUAAGAGAGAUUUUGUCAGUGAAAAUGGACAUUGAGCUCAUCUAGGAUCUUUAUAUUUUGCCACGUGUGUCUGUUAUAUGAGGAUAUAAAGAUGGGAGCACACAUAAACUGGAAGCAUAGUAGCACCAAAGAAUUCUGCUUUCCAUCUCAUGAUUAUGGACAUUCAGGGAAACUUUACAAACUGGCAGGGUAUGAAGGUUCAAAAGCUGUCUGAUUUUGGAUAUAUUUUGGAUAGCUAGCCUUUAAUAUAAGAAUAAGAUGACAGCACAACCUGUAGCCCACAGAUUUGAAAAGAGUAUAGCUAUCACAGAUACACUUCCCUCUUCUUCAGCAACACAAUGUGAUGUUUACAUUUGCAACUUAAACAGGGUGUGUCUAAUGCUUCAGAGGAAAGGAGAGAUCAGCUCCAGUGCCCGUCUUUCUACUUCUGAAACAGGAGAAGUGCAAAGGUACUUGGCUCUAUGAUGCCAUUGUUUUGAGGACAAGAUAAUAUUGUUGCUGUACUAAUGCCAAUCAUUUGGUUUGCAAAGGCAGAGACGGGGAAGGAGAGUGUCUAUCUGAUGGAAAUGAAAUGAGAAGCCAACAGUUAUAAUCUGGAUGCCAAGCAUUUAUAUGUUCCAUUUAUUUUUGCAGCUUUUCUUUUCAAUGAAAUAUAUCAGUGCCCCCCAUUACUUAUGUGUCUAUGGCCCUAAGUCAGGAUAAAAAACAGAUCAAGGUUUACAUUCUGUUAGCUGCUAGGAAAAUAAAUGAAGCAAUGAGGAGGAGUUCAAAAAGAAUUUCUUUGUCAUAAUGUGUUAUUCCGGUCUGCACCUCUUUCUAUCCACCCAGCAUUUUACACUUUUUUCUGUCUUUAUAAUAUUUGAAUUCCUACCCUUCUAGAGAAUGCAAGCCAUGUUGUUUGUGAUUUGUCUUUUGCACAUUUUGUCUGUGCAAUAUACUCUGCCAGUUCAUCUUCUAACUUUUUUUAUGUGGUGUAUGUCUAAAUACAGACUCUUUUCCUAUAGCAAAAUUUCAAGAAAGAGGAUUUGAGCUGGGAGGAGAUGAAUAGGACUUUUUGGUAUGCGCUUCAAGGAUGGCUCCUUCACCAGCAAAGUAAUAUUCUGUUACUUGAAUGAAUUCAUCAAUAGUUUAAAAAGAAGUUAUUUUAUGAUAAGUACAAAAGAGCCCUGAGCUUGCUUAAAAUCUGUCUUGUUACCAAGAAGAGAUCUGUACUAUUUUUUAUCUUGUGAUCAGCAUAAGGAUGAAGUCAAUGUUAAAUUAAGUUAAACUUUCCCUCUAUAGAUGUUGUUACCUGCUCUUUCAUAAAAUUAAACUGAGCCAGAGAAGAUACAUAUGCUUUAUAUUGUGAGAAAGAUUUGUCGUGUCAAAGGAGAACUGUUGGGCACAACAGAAAACAGUAUUUUAGGGGUUCAUGUGGCUAUGCUAAAGCAAAUGUGUAGCAAUAGCAAAAGAACCACUAGUGAGGAACUAAAGGUAGUGAAACACCAGUUUUCUUAGUGUUUCUUCAUUGCAGAUGCAGGAAGUGUUUUGCCUUCACCCUUGUGAGGAAAUGAGAAUCUAGGUUACAACUCCAUUGCUCCCUGGUUCUAAUUAAACUUCAACCACCAGGAGGUCUAUCCACACACUCAGUCAUAAGAAGUGACAGGAGUUGAUAUCCAACAUCAGAAGGAUUGCAAGUUGUCCACUUUGGCAUAGGGCCAACUCUUUCCACUACAGUGUUCUCUUAUUAUGUUGGACUUCAUAUUUGGAAAGCUGAGAAAGGCUAUUCAAGAGGCUAUAGUUUUCAGUGCUUAUAAUUCCAAAGUUCCAUUAAAAACAGUAAUUAGGAGAUGUUUCUUCAGUAUCGAUAGGGACAAGGGAAAUAGAGGAGGUGCUUCCAAACUACUGUAACAGGGAAAAAUUGCAUUUUUAUACUCAGUGAGACAUAAACUGGGAGGUUGAAGCAUAUCUGGGUAUUGGGUUCAGGUCAAUCAAUUUUACUUAAAAAGACAAAUAAAAUGUUUUUCUAUAUCAUUAUUAUGGAGUUUCCUAGAAGAAUGUACCCUUUCCUUCAGCUCAGUCAACAUUGAUUUUGACACACAUAUAAUCUUCCAUCUUUUGUAUCUAUUACUGUGCCUGACUUUUACAAUGAAUGCCCAUGAAUACUUAAUUCACACAUUAGCACAAUUUUUUGGUUUCAUCUGUCAUCAGAAUGCAGACAAAAUGUUUCUGAGCUCUUCUUUUAUCUUCUACAAGUUUUUUUUACCCCCCCCCCUUUUCUUUCCCGCAUCUUUUUCUCCCUUUAUUUUUUUCCCCUUCCACUAUUGUGUUUAAGGAACAGAUCCCAUUCUAAAUGGGUAUGUUAGCACUAAAUUCCUCUGGGACACUGAAAGGACUCUUUGUUCUGAUCUCCUCCUCUAACUGCACUAAAGUGAAACUUGAAACUGACCUCUAUUGGGAGAGAAAAGGAGAAUUUACAGUAAAACCUUUGCUUUAAUAAUAGUAACAACAAACUUUUGCACAGGACAGCUUGAAACACUUCUAGUAUAUGAACCAUCUAUUUAUUUAUUAUAUAGCUACUAGCAUUCAGUUUCAUAGAACAGACUGUAAGGAACUUUGCACUAAUAACAAUCCUUUGGGCAUCUGUUGUAGGGUUGGGUAUGGGAGACUAUUAGUUUUGGGAAAUGGCUCUUUUCUUUCUUUUUUCCUUCCCAGCCAUCGUGAAUAACUGGAGCUAAUAGGAUAAUGCCUCUUAAUGAUUGUUGAUCAAAUAUAUAUAUUUCCUUUACAGCCUUUACCUCACCCCCUUCUAUUCUACUGUUCCAAACAAAUAUUCUGAAAAGUAUGGCAGCCAUACUGAGUAGUUGAUAAGUGGUGCCUAUUUUGCAGACUGCAUUUGGACUUGGGUUCUCAUUUGUAUAGUGUUCAGAGAACACCUUACUCCUACAACAUUCUACUCCUUUUUCAAACCAGGCUAUAAUAUUGGUCCUAGGCUAUGCCUCUCUUGAAUUGCAAGUGGAGGAAUUCAGUGACCUUCUUUAUAAAGCAUAAAUUUCUCUCAAUACAGAGAAGUACAUUAAGAGAGAGAAGAUUUUUAUAGUACCAGCUUUUAUGAUGUGCUAAUUUUGUGACUGCAAUUGGGAUGUGCUCUGUCCUGUAGUCCAUUUUCGGCAGUUUACCAUAAGAGAGGUCAGGACCAGUUCUAUUAUUUACUUCUUAUAUGAACUAGGCUAAUCAUGGCUUUAUUUUAUUCUUAUCUUAUUAUCUUUUAAUCUCUUAUACAAUACAGACAGCAACUUAGAAGAUUUCUGGAACUAUUCUACCACCUUUGUCCAUUUCUUCUAAUUCUCAUUUUCUAUGUUCACUACAAUUCUGACACAUCUUAUUUUAGCCUUUUACAACCUGCUUUUAGAAUAGCAAUCAAGCCCACUUAAGCAAAAUCUGUGGUAGCUGAAUAUUAAUGCAAUUGCUGUCUCAAUAUCUAGGAAAAUACUAGGUUAAGAAAAGUUCUUCUAGUUAAAUAAGAUAUCUGGCAUUAACUGGAGGAUUGUAUAUGUUCAUCAUUUGAUUCUCUGUGAGGUUUUUUUCCUUACUUUCCCUAUCUCUCCUACUAUAUAGCUCCAUAUUACGUUCCCAGUAUCUGUAUUACAAAAACAGGAAGCUCAUUUUAUUUACUUUAGCAGACAUACUGUUCAAGGAGAUUCUGAAUCAUUUAAAAGUGUUAUAUUUUUUAAAAAUUGCAGUUGAAACAGACUUUGAACCUGAACUGAUAUUUAUAUUGGUUCUUUGCUUGCUUCUGGCCAAUCACUUAUGUUUUUCUCUUUUUUACUCCUGGUUUCAAGUGAUAGAUGUCUGACUUACACUCACGUUCUGGCAUAGAUUGUAAGGGACAAAUAUUAUGUCUGGUACAUCUAUUAAAAGCUAAAUGCUUUAAUAAAGGAAGGGGCUGCUGUUGCCUUCAUUUAUGUCUACUUCCAAGGUGCUAUUCCACCUUUGGAGAAACUUUAAAAGGGAAAAUAUGUUGCUUGUAAGUCCAGUGGAAACAGAGGCCUUAAUAACACUACAGUUUUAGGACAUAGAGGUAAUUGUGUUACAUCAUCAUUGAAGUUACUAGGCUUGGUACAUUGGCUUAAAAAGAAAAUUUGGCAACAAGGAUGCACCACUGUCCUGUAUAAUUACCACAGAGAGAAGUCCUGAAAAUAGGAUUUCUGUUUCUCAAGGAAAGGAUGUGGGAUAUCUUAUACUAGCAAACUGAAAUAGCCUUUGUGGCCCAUGUUGGCUAAGGUUUAUGUGGGACUUGCCAAAUAAGUAGAAGUCCUCUAAAGUCUAAUUUAUAAUACCUAUAUUAAUAAUUUUCUAAGGGUAAAUCAGUGUGUACAUACUGAAAUCAUUUUCUCUGUAAAUGGUUGGAUUUCAUUUCACCCUUAAAGGGAUGUUUAAAGGAAGAAAUAAAACAAAUUACACAAUGAAAGGGACCCUGGGAUGUGUGCUUGUUUUUAUUUCGAACUAGAACAGGAAGACGCUCAAGGAAGAGGGUAAGAAAACCUGUUUCUUUCAGCUCUGAAUAAACACACAUGCAUAUAUGGGAAAGUAUGCAGUGUUAAAAUAUUUGUGUUCUUUUUAAUGGGGUGUAGAUUAUGUAACCAUUUUUUCUCACAGUUGUGACAGCUUGAUUCAGCCAUCUAUUCUAGUUGUUUAAACAAAUUGCAUGACAAUUAACUUCGUCCCCACUGGAUUCUGAAAAAGGCUCCAGUUAGCAUUAGAGUUUAUAAUCCAGACACAGAAGAAUGCAGAAAUAUUAUAUUAAAUAUUAUAUAUUGCAAUAAAUUGCUUAAUAUUGCUAUUAAUUAUCAAGAUAAUUUAGAAAGGAUAUGAGCUGGAUAUUGAUGGCAUAUGUAAAUUGAUAAAGUGUUUUUUUCCCAUUACAAAUAAAGUUAUGGACAGAGUGGAAAAA